AUGUUGUCACGACUGUUGAUUGUUCCUUUGAUCUUUGCUUUGGCUGGUCUCGCUAUCUCAGCCCCCGUUACUGAUGGAACCGAGGCAGACAAUGAUGAGAGAGCUGCACCCUUGCUAGUGCACCUUAAAGGUGACAAAGAUGGCGGAGGCCUCACAGGCAGCCCGGAUGGAGUAUACGCAGGGACCACAGAUGGGACUGAUUCCAGUAAAGAGCUAGCAGGAGGUGCAGUGGAUACCUCACCUGAUACAACAGACACCCCAGAUGCCAGUAGCAGUGAUAUAUUCCCAGACACAUACAACAGAGAUACCAGCGUGGAAACUACAGGCAAUCCUGAUGACUCUGAUGCCCCAGAUGCAGCUGAAGCAGCAGGCAGCCAAGAUACAACGGAUGCAGCUGAUGCCUCUGAGGCUGUGGCAGAGACCGUAGACACUUUUGAUAUACCAGAUACAGAUGGUGCAGAUGACAGGGAGAAGGUGUCAACAGAGGUGUCAACAGAGGAUUUGGACUCAGCAGGUGUGGAUAAGUCUCCAGAAAGUGACUCCACAGAGUCUCCAGGAAGUGACUCCACAGAGUCUCCAGGAAGUGACUCCACAGAGUCUCCAGGAAGUGACUCCACAGAGUCUCCAGGAAGUGACUCCACUGAGUCUCCAGGAAGUGACUCCACAGAUGAAGUGCUGACAGACGUGCAAGCUGACUCUGCUGAUGUGACCAGUGAUGACAUGGAUGAGGCCACAGAGACGGACAAAGAUGAUGACAAGAGUGACGACAAGAGUGAUGCAGAUGCUGCCACAGACAAAGAUGACAGUGAUGAGGAUAAGGACACUGAACUAGAUGGUAAGGCCCAUGCAGAAGACACACAGACAGAGGAAGCGGCAGACAGCGACAGCAAACAAGGCGCUGCAGACUCAGACUCUGACACGGACGAUGACAGGCCAGAGAAAGACGUCAAGAACGACUCAGAUGACAGCAAGGACACCACCGAAGAAGACGACAAACCAGACAAAGAUGAUAAGAAAAACAGAGACAGCGCAGACAACAGCAAUGAUGACAGCGAUGAGGUGAUCCAGGUCCCCAGGGAGGAACCAGAGCAGCAGGAAAUGAACCUGGAGGAGGGAGGAGUGAUUGGCAGCCAGGAGGAGACUGUAGCAGCAGACAAGGAGGAGGGGAGUGAUGUGGGGGACCAGAAGCCCGGCCCUGAAGACAGCAUCGAGGAGGGAAGCCCUGUAGGGAGGCAAGAUUUUGAGCCUCCACAGGAUUCGGAGGAGGAGGAGGCGAAGCUGGAGGCAAAGGAGGAGGAGGAGCUGGAGAAGGAGGCAAAGAAGGAGGAGGAGUUGGAGGAGGCGGAGGCAAAGAAAGAGGAGGAGGAGCUGGAGGAGGAGGAGAGGAAACUGAAAACAAUAGAGUCCGACAGUCAGGAGGACAGUCAGGAGGACAGUAAGGAUGAAAGUGAGGCUGAACCAGACUCCAACAGUAAAAAGGACAUUGGGACCAGCGAUGCCCCUGAACCACAAGAGGAUGACAGUGAAGAGGACACUGAAGCCCAGCCAGAGGACACUGAUGAUAGCAUGAUGAAAGAGCCCAAAGAUUCUGACGAUGCUGCGUCUGACAAAGAUGAUAAAGACAAGAAUGAUAUGGACAAAGAAGAUAUGGACAAGGAUGAUAUGGACAAAGAUGAUAUGGACAAGGAUGCCUCUGACUCAGAGGAUGACCAAUCUGAAUCGGAUGCAGAGCCAGGCGCAGAUUCACACACAGAUGUCGAUGAGAUAGAUGGGGAAGAAACAAUGACUCCAGAUUCAGAAGAGAUAAUGAAGUCUGGUGAGAUGGACUCGGUUGUCGAGGCAACUGAAGCCGUUCCAGCUGACAUUCUGGACCAACAGGAUGACAUGACACAGGGCACCUCACAGGCUGCUGAUGCUGCUGCCAGCGCCCCGGCAGCCCAGUCUUAG